GGUGACGUUUUUGCAGAUGUAGCAAAACAUCCGCAUUGACGCUCGCGCGUCCAGUCAGCGAGCACGAGGAAACUUUUCGACAUAUCUGCUCACCAAAACAAGAAGCCGCCAAGGUUCUCCUAUCCCGGUUAUUUCCUCCAGACCAUGCCCCAUGACCCCGACCUUCCUCCGGCUAAAAAAUUCAAGCCGGGGUCCGUGUUUUUCCGCCUGGAGAAGAAUAAACCUGGAAUGCUGCUGCCCAGAAAGGGAAAUGUGACCACACCGAUUGAAGUCCAGAGGAAACAGCUUCCAAUCUACCACGCGAGAACUCGGCUAGUGAACGAGCUGAGACAGCUUCAUAACGCUAUUGUUAUAGGUGAGACCGGCUCCGGGAAGACCACUCAGAUCCCCCAGUACCUGUUUGAAGCCGGUAUCGGCAGGCAGGGCUUGAUCGCCAUCACCCAGCCACGUCGGGUCGCUGCUAUCUCACUGGCAGCCAGGGUGUCCGAGGAGAAGAGGACUCAGCUUGGGAAGCUGGUUGGCUACACGGUGCGUUUCGAGGAUGUCACCUCGCCAGAGACGAAGCUGAAGUUCAUGACGGACGGGAUGCUCCUGCGCGAGGCCAUUGGAGACCCCAUGCUGCUGCGCUACACCGUGGUGGUCCUGGACGAAGCCCACGAGCGCACCGUGCACACCGACGUGCUGUUUGGCGUGGUGAAGAGCGCUCAGCGCAGACGCAGGGAGCUGAACAAGAUUCCCCUGAAGGUCAUCGUCAUGUCUGCCACGAUGGAUGUGGAUUUGUUCUCGGAGUAUUUCAACAAGUCGCCUGUGCUGUACCUGGAGGGGAGGCAGCAUCCCAUUCAGAUCUACUACACCAAGCAGCCCCAGUCGGACUACCUGCAGGCUGCACUCGUUUCCGUCUUCCAGAUCCAUCAGGAAGCACCGCAGUCCCACGACAUCUUAGUGUUCAUGACGGGCCAGGAGGAGAUCGAGGCUCUGGCCAGGACGUGCAGAGACAUCGCAAAGCAUCUCCCUGACAGCUGCGGCCCCAUGGUGGUCAUCCCUCUGUACGCGUCGCUGCCCCCAGCUCAGCAGCUCAGGGUCUUCCAACCAGCGCCCAAGGGCUGUAGGAAGGUCAUCCUGGCCACCAAUAUCGCAGAAACGUCUGUCACAAUCUCUGGGAUCAAAUACGUCAUCGACACGGGGAUGGUGAAGGCCAAGCGGUUCAAUCCUGACAGCGGUCUAGAGGUGCUGGCAGUCCAGCGAGUUUCCAAGGCUCAAGCGUGGCAGCGAGCCGGCCGGGCUGGCAGGGAGGACGCCGGCUUCUGCUACCGGCUUUACACCGAACAGGAAUUCGACAACCUCAUCCCCACGACUGUGCCUGAGAUCCAAAGGUGUAAUUUAGCUGGUGUGAUGCUGCAGCUUAUGGCGCUGGGCAUUCCUGAUGUGAUGAACUUUGAUUUUAUGUCCAAACCUUCUCCAGAGGCCGUCCGCUCUGCUGUGGAGCAUCUGGAGCUGCUGGGAGCUGUGGAGAGGAAGGACGCCCAGGUUCUCCUCACUGCUCUGGGCAAAAGGAUGGCCAGCUUCCCUCUGGAGCCAAGAUAUGCCAAGACCAUCCUGCUGUCCGCAGACUUCUCCUGUUCCGAGGAGAUCCUGAGCAUCGUGUCUCUGCUGUCAGUGGACACCGUCCUGUUCAACCCUUCGGCCCGGCGGGACGAGGUGCUCGCGGCGCGCAAGAAGUUCACUUCCAGCGAGGGAGAUCACAUGACUCUGCUCAACAUCUACAGAGCUUUCAAGAAAGUCGGCGGCAACAAGGAGUGGUGUCGGGAAAACUUUGUCAACAGCAGGAAUAUGGGCCUGGUGAAAGACGUUCAGGCUCAGCUCAGAGAAAUCUGUCUGAAGCUGAACCUGAAGCUCGAGUCCUGUGGGGCCGACACGGGGAACGUCCGCCGCUGCCUCGCCCACGGGAUGUUCAUCAACGCCGCCGAGCUGCAGCCCGACGGAAGCUACCUGGCUCUGGACACCCACCAGGCCGUCGCCAUCCACCCGUCCUCCGUCCUGUUUCAGGCCAAGCCGGCGUACGUGGUCUUCAACGAGCUGCUGCACACGUCCCGCUGCUACAUGAGAGACCUGUGCUUGGUCGACGCAGACUGGCUGCUGGAUGCAGCGCCGGAGUACUUUGGCCGCAAGCUGCACCUCACCAGGAGCUAACAGGAUUGCACUCUUGAAUAAAUGAGGGACUUUUAAACCUUUUGGGGUCCACUACCUCCUAGCUGACAUUGGAUAAGAAAGUCUGAAUGCAGCUGUGCAAAUCAGCGCCUCACGAUGUUGACUUCCUGCAGGCUUUUUUAAUUAAAUGUGCUUUAGCUCUUUCAGGAUCUGCAUGCAUUUCAGGGGCACAGAUAACUUCACUGGAGCACAUUUGGCAGGAAUCAGAAGAGCUAAACUUCUGGAUGCUGGCUGCACGUUUCAGUGUAUCUGGAUCAUAGCAGUGACUGCCUUUAAAACGUUAGCUUGAAGAUCAGUGACGUCCUCAAGUUCCUCAGCAGGUGGUUUUAGGUUUAUACAGAUAGUUUUUGAGAAUGUUCUGCAAAGACAGUAAAAUGUGUCAUAAUCUGUUCGACAGAACAGAAAUUCACGUUUGAAUUAAAGGAAAAUAUUUCCAUAUGCUGAUGGCAUUGCUACGUUGGCUCGUGCAUGUAAAACCUGUGACAUUGCAUGUGAGAGGAUGUGGCAUGCCUUCUCUCUUCAUGCUCUACUCAUCAGUGUGUAUUGGGACAGAUUGUUACCUAGACAACACAGACGCUGGGAUAUUGUAGCUGCUAGACAUCAAAUGUAUGCAGUGCAUGGACAUAAAAGUAAAAUAUCUAAACUAUGUUACCUGUACGUUGAAAAAUAUUAAUUUUAUUUUAUACUGUGGACUCAGGUUUGUACUAUAUAUAUUUAUGUAUAUAUAACCUUAAAAAAAUGCGCCAAAUUCCAACUGUUGUAGCUGACGUAUUUUGAGGUUCCUGCAGAGAAUUAAAGCUGCAGUUUAGUUUUUUUUUUUUGACUGAAUUUCUAAGUGAUCACUCUUACUGUGAUGUCUGCAACUAGAGGUGAAGCUUUUGAGGUCAGCAAAUACUUCAUGUGCAUGCAUGUAAUUUGUAAGAACAAAUGCAAGAAUUGAAUGAAUUCAUAAACUAUUUCUUGUACAU